AUGCAGAAGCAGCUGGUGAAGACCAUGCUCCUGUAUCCCUCUGCUCCGCAGCGGCUGGAGCUUCAGGAGCUGAGCUGCCGUGCCAUGUCCUGGAGGAAGGAAGGAACAGCGUCCCUUGCUCUUGCGCCGGCAGGUGACGUGGUGGACAUCUACCAGCGGGAGUUCCUGGCGCUCCGAGACCGCCUGCACGCCGCGGAGCAGGAGAGCCUCAAGCGCUCCAAGGAGCUCAACCUGGUCCUGGAGGAGAUCAAGAGGGCCAUCUCGGAGAAGCAGGCCCUGCGGGAUAUAAACCGCACCUGGAGCAGCCUGUCUGACGAAACCAAGUUAAAACUGUGGAAUAUCACCAACAAGAAUGUGCUGCACCUUCCCACCAUCUUCCAUCAUUUGCCACAUUUGCUGUCAAAGGAGAACAGUCUGCAGCCAGCCGUGCAUGUAGGACAGGGGCGCACUGGAGUGUCCGUCGUGAUGGGAAUCCCCAGCGUGAAGCGGGAGGUGCAUUCCUACCUUACAGAUACCCUCAACUCCCUCAUCUCGGAGCUCACACAGCAGGAGAAGGAGGACUCCGUCAUCGUGGUCCUCAUCGCUGAGACAGAUGCCCAGUACACAACUGGAGUGGCAGAAAAUAUCAAAAACUUGUUCCCCAGGGAAAUCCACUCAGGACUCCUGGAGGUUAUUUCCCCAUCUCCACAUUUCUACCCGGAUUUCUCCCACCUGCGGGAAUCUUUCGGGGACCCCAAGGAAAGAGUCAGGUGGAGGACUAAGCAGAACCUGGACUACUGCUUUUUAAUGAUGUACGCCCAGUCCAAAGGCAUUUACUACGUGCAGCUGGAGGAUGACAUUGUGGCCAAACCCAACUAUCUCAGUACCAUGAAGAACUUCGCCCUGCAGCAGCCCUCCGAGGAGUGGAUGAUCCUGGAGUUUUCUCAGCUCGGAUUCAUUGGAAAGAUGUUCAAGUCUCUAGAUCUCAGCUUGAUUGUGGAGUUCAUCCUGAUGUUCUACAAGGACAAGCCCAUCGACUGGCUUCUGGAUCACAUCCUUUGGGUGAAAGUCUGCAACCCUGAGAAAGAUGCGAAGCACUGCGACAGGCAGAAGGCAAACCUGAGGAUCCGCUUCAAGCCCUCGCUCUUCCAGCACGUGGGAACCCACUCCUCACUGGCCGGCAAGAUCCAGAAGCUGAAAGACAAAGACUUUGGCAAGCAGGCACUGCGGAAAGAGCACGUCAACCCUCCUGCAGAGGUGAGCACCAGCCUGAAAACCUACCAGCACUUCACCUUGGAGAAGGCUUACCUGCGAGAGGACUUCUUCUGGGCCUUCACCCCCACUGCAGGAGACUUCAUCAGAUUCAGAUUCUUCAAACCGCUCCGCAUCGAAAGGUUCUUCUUCCGCAGCGGGAACAUCGAGCACCCAGAAGACAAGCUCUUCAACACAACAGUGGAGGUUUUGCCAUUUGAUAGCCUGCAGUCGGAUAAGGAAGCCUUGCAGGAGGGACGUGGCACGGCCUUCAGAUACCGCAGGACACCGGACGGCUACAUCCAGAUAGGCUCCUUCUCCAAGGGCGUUGCGGAAGGAGAAGUGGACCCCUCGUUCGGGCCCUUGGAGGCAAUCAGGCUGGCCAUCCAGACCGACUCCCCGGUGUGGAUCAUCUUGAGCGAGAUCUUUAUCAAAAAAGCGGAGUGAAAGGCCCAUGACCACGAGCGGACACAUGUAGCUCCCCGCUCUGUCUCCCUGCCCUCCCUCGACACCCUCCCCCGGGUCUGCAGCCCCGGGGCGCCCGCUGCGAGCCGAGCCAGGGGCGCACAGCACCCACCUCAGCAUCCCGGCACGGUUCGGGAAGAGACACAGCCCUUCCUCAGGAGGAAGAGCAGAAGACAAAGAGAACAAACCCCACCGGCGGUGCAAAGGGUGGGUUUUGCUGCCCCGGGCUCUGCAGGGCCCGUUGGCGGCAGGAUGAGCUUUAACAAGCGCGGAGACUUGAGAGCAUCUUCAGCCCGGGACAGGGCAUCUCCAGCCUGGAAAAGGGGCACCUCCAGCCUGGAAAAGGGGCAUCUCCAGCCCGGGAAAGGGCAGCUCCAGCCUGGGAAGGGGGCAGCUCCAGCUGCGUCCUGCAGCCCAGGCCCCGCGGGGCAUGACAGCGCCAGGCACUGCCCUGGGCAUUGUCCGGCCACCGACGGAGCGCGCGGAGAGACAGAGCCUCCCGCGGGGCCGAGCAGAGAGGAAGCCGGCAACGCCGGGGGUGGGUAACGCUAUGAGCAUGGCAGGGAAAAAAAAUAAAACUAAAAGCCACACUGUGCCUGCCAGCAUUGAACACAGCCCCUUAACUCAUGGUGAAGUCUCCAGCGUCUUCAUGCCUUGAGACUGAGUGCAGAAUCCAGCUUUUUAAAGUAACUCUUUCAGUUAUCGAUGGGUGUGAACUUUUGGAAAAAAAAAGAAAAAAGAAAAAAAAAAAGAAAAAAAAGUAGUCCAGUUUGAAAAUAGUAGGGAUUAGUGUAAUAUUUCAGAACAGUCUUCUGAGAUCCCAAUGUCUCUUCAGCUAUACACUGGAAUGCGUUAUACUACUUCAAUGUGCUGUAUUUUUUA